AUGGGUCAAGCAUUUAGUUUUGCUAAUAUUUUUGGGAAAUUAUGGGGAGUUGAUAAAGAAAUAAGAAUUCUUAUAUUGGGACUAGAUGGUGCUGGUAAAACUACAAUUUUAUAUCGUUUACAAAUGGGAGAAGUUGUAACUACAAAACCAACUAUUGGAUUCAAUGUUGAAACUUUGAAAUAUAAAAAUAUUACAUUAAAUAUAUGGGAUUUAGGUGGACAAACUUCUAUUAGACCAUAUUGGAGAUGUUAUUAUAGUAAUACUUCAGCAGUUAUAUUUGUUGUUGAUUCAACUGAUAAAGAUCGUAUUGAUACUGCUUGUAAAGAAUUACAUCAAAUGUUGAAAGAAGAAGAAUUACAAGAUAGUGCAUUAUUGGUAUUUGCUAAUAAACAAGAUCAACCUGGUGCUAUGACUGCAGCAGAAGUAAGUCAAGCUUUAAGUCUAACUGAUUUGAAAGAUAGAAGUUGGAGUAUUGUUGCCGCUAGUGCAAUUAAAGGUGAAGGGUUAACUGAAGGGUUGGAUUGGUUAAUGGAUGUAAUUAAAGAUGAGCAAUUGUAA